AUGUUAAGCGAUGUGCGCCGUGAAGAGGAGAUUGCCCGUGAGGUGGCCCAUGCACGUGCAGGGAUCGGAGAGGAUUAUGUCGGCUUUGCGCACAACGUAAAGGCCAGCGGGAACCCAACGAGGCAUAUGGUGAACCAUUUGUAUCGUAAUGAAGUCUGGGUGGUAAAGGCGUCACAUGAAAGCAAUCGAGAAUAUAUCCAUGAUCCUCAAGAUGAAUGCGCCGACUAUGCUGCAGACACUGGCAUCAUCAACGCGUCCACGUACCCAUGGCACCAGCUUGUAUUUUCUAAGCAGAAGCCUGCCAUCAUGUUGUAUGGAACAGGGUAUGCUCAAGCCUUAAUCUGGAAGCACCAGAACCCUGUGAACUGCACUGAUGCGAAGUUCAUCGGGGAUCGGCUGAUUUUCCGGAAUGGUGAGUACGGUGACCGCUACGGUAUGGGCGCAGCAUUGCACCAUGUGGCAAGAGCGUUGGCUAUAGCAAUGAAUUCUGGACGGGUGCUUGUUUUUGAACGGCGGGAUCGAGAUCCGACUUUUGGCUGGUACGAGAGAGUGCACUGCAAGGGAACGCGAGGUUGGGACUGCUGGUUUGUACCUGUUUCACACUGUGAGCCUGUGGGUGAUGUCGUGGUCAUUGACCCUAUGAGGAUCAGGAACUUGGCUUUCAUAGGCGAUGCACUCCACCAGCCAGCCAUUACGCCUCAAGUGUUCGACCACAUGCUCAGAAACUGCUCGCCUGUGAAGACGAGCAUGUAUUUUUAUUGGUGGCGUGCGCAAGCCGUCACGUACCUCAUCUCUCGUGCGCCCGAAUCAGAAGACUAG